UCCCAGGGUCAGACACAGAGUGAAUAUCCCUCCACACCAUCCCAUCACACACUGCCGGGGUCAGACAGAGUGAUGCUCUCUCCUCCUCGUUAUGUCAACUAGUUUCACCUUGUUUAUCAGAAUGAAAAUGUGUUGUUUCCUGUUCCGUAGCGCCUUCUCCACCGUGAUCAGUCUUGGACUUUGGAUUCUAUUGGAGUGCAGGCGGAAAGCCUUGGCUUCAGAUGCCCAGGUGUGCGGCACCGACCACUAUCCAGAGCUCAGUCUUCACCCGCCUCAACCUCAUUACCUACCCCUACCCCUGAAGCCAUGGCACAGUCUACCUGUAGCACAGGCCUGGUGUAUGAGCCCCUGAUGCUGAAACAUCAGUGUCCAUGUGGUGGGGGGCAGCAUCCAGAACAUCCCGGCCGGAUCCAGAGCAUCUGGUCCCGACUCCAGGAGACUGGCCUGAGAAGCCAAUGUCAGGUGAUCCGUGGAAGGAAGGCCACCCUGGAGGAGCUGCAGACGGUCCACACAGAGCCCCAUGUAUUUGCAUUUGGAACCAGCCCCCUCAGUCGGCUGAAGGAGGACCACAGGAAAUUCAUGGGAAUACUCUCACAGCCAACUCUAAUGAUGUUACCGUGUGGUGGUCUCGGAGUAGACAGGGACAGCGUGUGGAAUGAGGCACACUCAUCAAAUGCUGCCAGAAUGGCGGUAGGAUGCGUCAUCGAGCUGGCUCUCAGAGUGGCGAGGGGAGAUCUCCAGAACGGGUUUGCUGUUGUCCGACCUCCAGGACAUCACGCUGAACGGUCAGCCGCCAUGGGUUUCUGUUUCUUUAAUUCAGUGGCCAUCGCUGCCAAACAGCUCCAGCUGAAGAUGAACAUGCGGAAGAUUCUCGUUGUAGACUGGGACGUCCAUCAUGGAAAUGGAACUCAACAGGUCUUCUACUCAGAUCCCAGUGUCCUCUACAUCUCCCUCCAUCGUCAUGAUGAUGGCAAUUUCUUCCCAGGAAGUGGGGCAUCGGAUGAGGUUGGCAGUGGGCCCGGUGUGGGCUUUAACGUGAACAUUGCUUGGACCAAGAGUCUGGACCCUCCCAUUGGUGAUGCCGAGUAUCUCGCCGCCUUCAGGACAGUGGUGAUGCCAAUUGCCAAGGAAUUUGAUCCGGAUAUGGUCCUAGUCUCCUCGGGUUUCGAUGCUGUUGAGGGACAUCCCCCUCAACUUGGAGGAUACAACGUGACAGCCAAAUGUUUUGGUUACCUCACAAGACAGCUGAUGUCCCUUGCUGGUGGAAAAAUCGUCAUGGCUUUGGAGGGUGGUCACAGUCUCACCGCCAUCUGUGAUGCAGCCGAGGCCUGUGUGUCUGCUUUGCUGGGCAAGGAGAUGGACCCCCUCCCCGAACAUCUCCUCCACCAGAAGCCCAACUGGAACGGUGUGGCCUCCCUGGAGAGAGUGCUACAGGCUCAGGGUCCGUACUGGAAGUGCACCCAGCGCCUGUCCCACAUGUUCCCCCUGUGCCAGGGUCAUAUCCUGGGCAGGGAAACGGAGGAGAGCAAGACAGUGCUGGCCCUGGCCUCGCUCUCAGUCGGCCUGAGGGGACAUGAACCCAUGGAGCACCAGACACUGGCCUGACUUCGGGCUCCGCCAAGUGUGGUGGAGUGGGGCUGGGAUUUCAGGAGACAGAAAAGGGAUCUUGCAGGGAAUAUGUGUGGGGGGGAGAAAAUUCUGAGGGAUCCUGUGGCCUUCUCCAAAUCUUCAUCUGAAAUCGUAUUCCUUCUCUCCUGUCCUGUCCAAUUCACACCAUUCUGCAUUCUCCCAAUCCCCUCCACCAGGGGAAAUCUUAUCACCAACCU